CCCUAUUUCAAUUUUAUUCUCACCGCGUUGCCUCUCCUUCAUUCCUCAGCCACGGUAGGCGGCCAAACAGCCUCGGCAUCUCCAAGCCACGGCGUCGCAUUCCCCCUCCCGACGCAAGCCAUCCCAAGCGGCCGUUGCGAAACCAAGCUUGUUUAGCUCCAAGUCCGAAUCCCGUUCCACGUCAUUCGCUGGCUCGCUACGCCCAAGCCCCAAAGUGGUAAAGCGGCUGGCCGGCGCAAUUUCUACGACCGCCCAACAUUAAACCCGUAGACUGCCCUGUCCUCGCUUCUUUCUUUCUUUUUAUUUUGCAUUGUGUCUUUAGCAUUUACGUUGCGUUGCUGCUACUGCUGCUGUUAUUUUUGUUUUCCUUUUUAUUUUUGUUGAGCGGAUCCCCCUCGUCAUCCUACGCUGUAAGACUUGCUGUCAUCAUCCUGUCUCGCAUCAGCAAGCACCGAGGUCCGCGCUUGGAAAAGAAAGCGACAACCGGAGAGGAGAAUUUGAAUACGCUACCCAUCUCCCGCAGACGGCUGUAGAUCAUCCUUUCAUCUUUGCUUUCAUCCUAACUCUGCAUACUCGAUAUCCGCCACAAUGACAGUCCCUCUCACCGUCGCAGCGCCCGCUACAGCAGCUGCUCUCGCCUAUCUCAGCGCAAAAUCCGGCCUCGGCUUCGACUGGACCAUGAUCUCAACAGCCGCCCUCGGCGCCUUCAGAAUGGUGCGCAGCCAGCGCCGCGACACCCUCAACCUCUUCUACGUGUUUGAGGACAAUGCCAAAGCCGCCAAGACGGCCAACAAGAACUUCCUCUGGUUCGAGGGCCAGACAUGGACAUAUGCCCAAUCGUACGACUGCAUGCUGCGCUACGCAAGCUGGCUGCGCACCGUCCAUGGCGUCAAGUCGGGCGACAUUGUGGCCAUCAACUUCCAAAACUCACAGCACUUCAUCUUCCUCUGGUGGGCGCUCUGGAGUCUCGGUGCCAAGCCCGCCUUUAUCAACUACAACCUUGUGGGCAAGUCGCUCUCCCACUGCGCAAAGGCCGCCAGCACAUCGCUCUGCAUCGUCGACCCCGAGCUCGCAGCCAAUAUUACGACUGAAGUCCAGGCCGAUGUACCCUCUACCAAAUUCGUCAUCUUCACCCCCGAGGCCGUCGCCCAGGCUCUCGCAUCGCCGCCCUUCCGCGCACCCAACGCCGACAGAUCGCAGGACGAGAUUAGCAACAUGGGCCUUCUCAUCUACACAUCCGGUACCACGGGCCUGCCUAAGCCUGCCAUUGUCACUUGGGGCAAGCUGAUUGUCGGCGCCACCUUUGGCCACCGCCUGCUCAACCGCGGCGACGACAUCAUGUAUACUUCCAUGCCUCUCUACCACUCCGCAGGCUCCAUGCUCUCCGUCAUCCCCACCGUCCUCUCCGGCAGCACCCAAGCCCUCGGCAAACGCUUCUCAACCAAGUCCUUCUGGAGCGAAGUCCGCGCCUCCAAAGCCACCGCGAUCCAAUAUGUCGGCGAGACCCUGCGCUACCUGCUCGUCGCGCCGCCCCAAAUCGACCCCGUCACCGGCGAGAACCUCGACCGCAAGCACCACGUCAAAAUUGCCUUUGGCAACGGCCUGCGCCCCGACAUCUGGAACAAGUUCAAGGACCGCUUUGGCGUCGAGACAAUCGUCGAGUUCUACGCCGCCACCGAAGCCACCCUCGCGCUCUGGAACGUCUCCUCCAACGACUACACCAUGGGCGCCAUCGGCCGCUCCGGAUGGCUCUGCAGCCUCGUCUUCCGCGACACCAUGCACAUUGUCAAGCUCGACUGGGAGACGGAGAUGCCCCAUCGUGACCCUAAAACGGGCUUCUGCACAAAGGUCGACCCUGGCGAGCCUGGCGAGUUACUCUUCCAGUUACCUGCCGACGACAUCAAGAAGCGCUUCCAGGGGUACUACAACAACGCCAAGGCGACGAACAGCAAGAUCCUGCGCGACGUGUUUACCAAGGGCGAUGCGUGGUUCCGCACAGGUGACGUUAUCCGCAGCGAGGACCGCAAGCUCUACUUCUCGGACCGCAUUGGCGACACGUUCCGCUGGAAGUCAGAGAAUGUGGCUACGUCAGAAGUAUCAGAGGCCGUUGGACGCCACCCAGCGGUCCGCGAGGCAAAUGUCUACGGUGUUGAGUUGCCUCAUCAUGAUGGUCGCGCUGGCUGUGUAGCUAUUAACAUUGAUGGCGGAGCUAAGCCGGAUACACUGCGUUCGCUGGCGGCGCAUACAAAGGCGUCGUUGCCAAAGUACGCGGUGCCGCUGUUCCUGAGAAUUGUGGAUGAGGUUGGCGCUGGAGCACAGACUACCGGUACGAAUAAGCAGCAGAAGCAUGUCCUUCGACAGGCGGGUGUGAAGCCUGGCGCGUUGGAAGAUGGAUCAUCGCUGUUUUGGCUCAAGGGCGAGACAUACGUUCCGUUUGGCCAGAAGGAAUGGCGUGAGCUCGAGAGUGGCCGCAUCAAGCUGUAAAACGGACCGACAAUAUGUCUUUCUCGGCUGACUACUUUGUAUUUGUUCAUAUAGUUGGAGGAUCCCGUGUAUUUAGGAACCGGUACAGCUGGUACAUGUCUAUAAACUUUUCACGUUAUCGAUUUACUUCGUAUACUUUCCAUUGUGGCACAUGUAAUAAAAUCACGACAUCAUAUGUAAACAUGAAACCUCUCAAGUGAAUGAAUGCUUCUAUAUGAAGAAAAAGAGUAACCUCCCAAGAUCAAUCAAUAUAUACAUCGUAGCGCCAACCCCAAUACCAAAAAAAGUCAUAAGUGAUACUCGUAGCGUCUAGUUCAAAGAGCUUGCAAUGCCCAGCCCGACGCGAGGGCCACCUUGCAUGUUGUACUGCUGUCCACCAGGGCCUGCCAGCGUCGUCGCGUUGCCGGUGCCGGUACGCUCGCGCAUACGGCGGCCUUCCAUGAGACCGCGAAGACCGCGCUUCUGCAAGCCAAUAACGCUGCUAAGCUCGCCGGUCCAUACGGUGCCAUCGUGCUCGCUACCUGCAUCCGAGCCCCAGUCGGAGCCACUCAGGCUAGUGGAAGCAGAUGUGUCACCCAAGGGACCGCUGGACUGCUGCUGACCAGACCCAAGACUGAGACUACCAGUACGAGACUCAAUGUCAGCAGUAAAGGACUCGUUCGCCGUUGUGCCACCGAGAGAAAAGUCCGAGGUACUGACGGGAGAUCGGAUCGGGUCCAUGUAGUCGACGUGGAAGUUAGGGUUGAGCGAGCCGUCGAUUCCACGGCCGCCACCAGCAGCCAUAGCAGUAGCGUUGAAGACAGCAGCGGCGUUACGGCUGUCAAGGAGCGAGUGAAGUCUCUCUACAACAGCCUCCAAAAGUCCAUCUACACGAUACGGUCUGGCGAUCUGCAAGAGCGAGCACAGGAUUUGCGGUGAGCAUAACGGCGAGGUUGUGGGCGGAAGUGAGCUCGUGUACAAGAAGUGUAGCAGCGCUUGCACAGUCAGAUAGGUGUGUGGCAGGUAGAGGCAUCGUGGGCGGGAGUUUGGUGGUAGGGACUUGGGCGAGGGUGUCGCAUUCAUCAAAGCUGGGUUACCGUCAUCGGCCUCGCCGUUGACAUCGUCACUCUUGCCGUCAAGGUUUGCUCCAGCGUUGGCAGCAGUCAGGCCACCCGCCGGUCCAGUCAAAGUCGCGACACUCGAUAAAUCACGCGAGUUACCAGUUAUCGUAAGAGCAGAAGCACGCAUAGGAUUGCUUCUCAGAGUGGCAGUGUCUCCGUCCUGGGAAGCAGUUCCGUCGCGCAAUAGCUGAACAAAGUACGGUCCCCAUCGGCGUCCAACAAUGCGAGAGUUGGCUGCGAUUCGCUCGCCGCUGAUGCAAAUAAUAUCCAUGUCAGCGAGCUCUCGCAUAGCCAGCGCCUUCUCGCCCAGGUCCUCGCUAGCCCGUGUAUGGAAGCGUCCGCCUGCUGUGUAGCCAGCUUUGCGAGCCAAGCUUAGGCCGGGCUGCGCGUGUGGACUACUGGCUGAAACGAAACCAGAUAGUGGGCUGAUCUUGCGAGGGUUGUCGUAGAAGCCAAAGGCCUCGAGCUCGACCAUGCAGACGUUCGAAAAGUUAAUUCGUCGGUGGUUAUAGUCAUCAACAAGGCUUCUCUUACGGUUACCAAGAAUAACAAAGGUGUUGCGUCUGUUCCACAACACACCACGGUUCCAGCUGCCCUGGCUAAAGACGCUUCCUCCAGCGUCAAUUCGGCUCCAUGUGAGAUUGCGCAGAUCCAAAGCCCAGAGCGCAUACUCUUGUUUCGACGAGGUCAGGUACGUGCCACUAACUACGAAAUACGUGUCAAUGACGCCGCCGUUCGGGAAGCGCAGGCCAGGAGGCGAAUAGGUGCCAGCCAUAGGCCACUCUGUCAGGGUUCCAUCAGGGGAGCGAAUCUGCAGCUCCAACUUGACAUCUAGAAAGUUGUAAUUUGAGUAGAUGAGCAUGGAUGAGCCUGGUUCUCUAGCCUCUUGGCUGAUGCUGCCAUCAUUGCGCUGGGGUCCAUUUUGAAGCGUUUUGCCAGUUCUAGCAGUUACAGCAGCGGAUAACGGUGCAGCAACACUUCUGUACGCUCCGCAGCUCUUUCCGAAAGGCUGUGUGGAAGUCCACUUGAGGCUGCGGAGAUUGAAAACGCUAAUCUGUUCAAUGUAGUGGUUGGCGCCGUCCUGGCCACCGACAAUGACCAUCUGCGCUCCUCCAGAUCCAUCAAUAUUAAUUCCGAUUCGACCUUCGUUCGGGUUAUUCGAGGAGGGGUUGUGUUGAAGGGCGGAGAGGGGUGCCUUGGUAGAAGAGAAGUUGGCAGAAGAAGGCAGAAUACAAGCACAGUGGGCGUAGCGGCCUUGGGGCACAUCUUGCGCCGGAAUAAAGGUCCAGCUCUUUGUGGACACAUCGUAAAUAUAAAUAUCGGACAUUACUGUCACUUCGCCUUGCUGCUGCUCGGCGUUCACAGGCUGGCUUGGGGCGGGUGACAUGCCACCAUAGCAGACCAUCUUGGUGUCGCCCAAUGCGCACAUGGAGUGAAAGUAUCGUGGAGGGGGAACAUCACCGCCAGUCUCCAGCUUUGUCCAGUGGCGUCGGAUAAGAUCGAGUUCGUAGAGAUCCGAGGUCAAGGGAGCCGGUCGGUUUUUAGCCAAGACACGGCCACCAAACACAUACAGCUUAUCUCCAAGAAUCGUCGUUGUUGCUCCCACCAGAGGUGGUGGUUCAUUGCCCGUCGUUCUAUGGACAUUGCACAUCAAUCCGGAAAGGUGGGCAGAAGACCCUUGAGGUGUCCCAACUGGCACAGAGCCGGGCGUGCCGCGAGUUUGGCUCGGUGCUGGUGACGCAUUGGCAUUGGAGUUGCUGAGGCGGGGACCAGACGGUUCGCCCAUGUCGGGGUUUUCAUAUUGCCUGUUUGAGUUUAAGUUAUUCAUACUGCUACUCGUCUGCAUGUUGGCAUUUUGGUCCUGGCCGCUGCCGUAGUAGUGGCCUCCUGCGAGGGAAUCCAUAGUCCCAGAGCGGUGAAGCAUGAUGGGCUUUCCAAAGUCGAUGCCGCACCGUCCAAUGUCACUGGGAGAAUGGUAUGAGUGCCGAAAUUCUGGGGAGAGUAAUUCCUGUGGUGGAGAGCGAGGUAAUGGCUUUGCAAGACUGUCCUCGAGGCUCAAUCUGUUGACAUGCCUCGGCUUGAAGGAUACCGGGGGUCGACGGGUCUCUCGCGGCUGUACUGUAGUAUUCGACCGCUUGAUGUUGAGAGGUUUCGGAACCAGCGGAUUCGAGUAUCGGAAGCUCGUGUGUCGCUGAACGAAAUCGUUAACGGCCUUGCGAUCGUAUCUGAUUUCGGGGUGAUAGUAUCGGUUGUGCAAGCUGUCGGGUGGCGGUUGCUCGGCCUGCGAAAAUCUCACUUUCUGCGAGUC